AUGCACUUUAACUCCCUCCUCGUCCUCACAGGACUUCUCUCCACCCUCUCCCUCGCUGACCCAAUCCCUCAAUCCCCAGCACAAACCACUGCCCUAGCAAAUGACCUAGAAUCCUACAUCGUCGCACUCGCCACUGACACCGCAUUCCUCUCUUUCGCCUCCGCUCUCCAAACCAACGCCGCCCUCUCCAGCUCAGUCUCCAGCUUUGAAGCCUCGAUGUCGUCUCUCAUCACCCACCGCCAAACUCCAACCGCUGGGUACAUCAGCGCCGCACCAACCGACGCCCAGACCCUUCUGAGCAGUAUUUAUAGUGUGGAGUAUCAGAUGUUGAGUGAUAAUGGAUUCUUGGCUACCAGUUCAUCGAAAGCGGCUGCGCCGACGCAAGGUGUAGGGAGUCGGGUUAAGGUUGCGGGAGCUGUUGCUGCGGGGUUUGUUGGGGCUGUUAUUGCAUUGUAG